CAGAACCAUUAUUUAUUAUUAUCUGUCUAAACCAUUUAAUAUACUUUUUACAGACACGACCAGAGCACUGAGAGAUAUCAGGUAUUGAUGUAACUGGAGUGAAUAAGGGAACCUUCUUCCUGAGCACAGACAUUGGAGCCUGUUAUCAGCAUGAACUCAUAUGUGUUAGACAUAAAAAGAAUGAUACCACAGACUCCAAUAGUCGUAGACACUAAUGACUAUUCACAAACAUUGGGGAAAUCACAGCAGAUAUUUAAAGAAGAUGAUGAAUUGUCAGGAACUGGACAGCAAUCAUUAUGUACAGAGAGUAAUUUAGUCAUCAAACAAGAGGACAAGAUUUAUGACUUAUCUAGUGAAAAGAUCCCUGAGGAUAAACCACAAACAUUUACUGAGUUUUCAAAAAAUGUUAUAGAAGAGAAACGUCUACAGUCUAACCAAAUGAUUCAUACAAAGGAGAAACCUUUCAAAUGUACAGAAUGUGAGAAAAGCUUUACAUUUAAUUCACAUAUCCUAGAACACCACACAAUUCACACAGGUAAGAAGUCAAACACGUGUCCUGAGUGUGGAAAAUGUUUUAUACGAAUGACAAAAAUUAUAGCUCAUGAAAGGACCCACACAGAGGAGAAACCAUUUAGCUGUACAGAGUGUGGAAAAAGUUUUACACAUAUGAGUAAUCUGAAAAAGCAUGAAAGGAUUCACACAGGAGAAAAGCCUUUCACAUGUACAGAGUGUGGAAAAAGUUUUACACAAAUAAAUAGUCUGAAAACUCAUAAAAGAAUUCACACAGGAGAAAAGCCUUUCACAUGUACAGAGUGUGGGAAAUGUUUUACACUAAAUAGUUAUCUGAAAAGUCAUGAAAGGAGUCACACAGGAGAAAAGCCUUUCAAAUGUACAGAAUGUGGGAAAAGUUUUACACAAAACAGUAGUCUGAAAUAUCAUGAAAGGAGUCACACAGGAGAAAAGCCUUUCACAUGUACAGAGUGUGGGAAAUGUUUUACACAAAAGAGUCAUCUAAAUAGUCAUGAAAAGAGUCACACGGGGGAAAAGCCUUUCCCAUGUACAGAGUGUGGGAAAAGUUUUACACAAAUAAAUAAUCUGAAAUAUCAUGAAAUGAUUCACACAGGAGAAAAGCAUUUCACAUGUACAGAGUGUGGGAAAUGUUUUACACGAAAGGGUGAUCUGAAAAGUCAUGAAAGGAUUCACACAGGGGAAAAGCCGUUCACAUGUACAGAGUGUGGAAAAUGUUGUACACAUAUGAGUAAUCUGAGAAAACAUGAAAUGAUUCACACAGGGGAAAAGCCUUUCACAUGUACAGAGUGUGGAAAAUGUUUUACACUAAAGAGUCAUCUGAGAAAUCAUGAAAGGAUUCACAAGGGAAGAAACCUUUCACAUGUUUAGAAAGUGGAAAAAAGGUUUUUUAUUGAAAUCGGAUAUCACAAAACACCAAAUAUUUACACACAAACUUUAUAUACACAGUGUACAACCUCUUUAUAAUUAUCCUAAAGACAAAAAACUCUCUAAAUAGAAGCAUCACAUUAGAUGUUAUUGUAAAUAAUACUUUCUAAUUCCAGUUAUAAAAGCCCCAGAUUGGAAGUGCUCUCCUGCUGUCCUUUUUUCCUCUAUAUAUGUGCACCUCAGUUUCUCUCAUAUCAAUGGGAUAGAAUACAAACACCACACAGGAAUAUACAGAUCUGUCCUCAUACUGACCAGUUUACACAGCCAUUCACCACCAAAUCACCCCCAGUGUUGUUUAUUAAUAUUCCAGUGUUAAGAGUUGUACGUUUGUUUUACAUAGGGGAGGAAAUAAUUACAUUUACAGAAUAAAGGAGUCUUUAUAUGAAUAGAGUGUUAGAGAAUUAUAUAAACAAGAACAUCAGUCUCAAAUGAUUAACGUCUGGGAGAUAUAUUUAAUGUGCACAUCAUGUGGAUAAACCUUUUCUUAUAGCAAUAGAUGCUUAGCAUUGUACAUGUUAUAUACCAGAGGAAUUACUGAGGGGGAACUGAUUUUAUUUAAUGAGACACAAUAUCAGUAACCGGUACAUACGUGAUCAUAAUCAGUUUAAUUUAAAUGGCUACUAUAACCUACAUGUAUACUGGGUAUGUAAUAUGUAUGUCAUGUGAUCAUAAUCAGUUUAAUUUAAAUGGCUACUAUAACCUACAUGUAUACUGGGUAUGUAAUAUGUGUGUCAUGUGAUCAUAAUCAGUUUAAUUUAAAUGGCUACUAUAACCUACAUGUAUACUGGGUAUGUAAUAUGUAUGUCAUGUUCUGUAACUUGAUAUUAUGUCUGUUAGCUGUUGUCAUGUUAGUUAGAAGCCACAAGAACUGAUAAUAGCACAUACUGUAUAUAUAAAGGGGACAUUAUAUGUCUGAUAAAUCCCUUUGUAUCAAGAGCACAAGUGUUGGGUAUAUUUAUACCAUUGUGUGCAUAUAUCAUGUAAUGCUGCUGUUUACUAUAUAAUGAUAUACAAUGUUUUUUCAUGCAAAUAAAAGCGAUUGUAAUCCA